GAGCCGCUCUCCGUCAACCAGUCGUCUCUCUCUCUUUCUCUCUCACACACACACACAGUCCCGAAACUCUGGAGGCGAUGCGACUUGUCACACUACAUGACAACAGUCUAAUGUGCUAUUCUGCGAACAAAACCGUUUGUUUGGGAGUAUUCAUACACUAAUUGUACUAAAGGGACGGCAUAUCUAACUGAAGAGGAGGAGUUAAGAGAGACAGACUUUUAGCAUUCAGGGGAAGAGAGGAGGCAGGCGGGUCAGUGCUGACGAGAGAGGAGACCUGCUACAAUCUAGAGGUCUUAUCUUGGGCUGACUGGCAAACACAGGUGUGGCUCUCUGUCUGGAGCUGCAACUGACCUCAGCCCUGCUGUCAUGGCCUCAGCCCUCACACCAUGCAGAAAGCACCCCUCCUAACCCUCAUACCUCACACACACUCACACCACAAAUCGCCCCACACACGCACAGCCAUGAUGACCGCCUCCCACAUGAAUGGAUAUGUGACAGAGACAGAUGGCGGGGGAGGGAGCGGCGGAGGCACUGACUUUCUGGAGGAGGUGGUGCAGAGACACAGGGAGAUGGCUGUGGACUGCCCCAGUGAACUGGGUGCCCGCACCCUGCCCGUCAGACGCAGUGCUCAGCUGGAAAGGAUCCGUCAGCAGCAGGAGGACCGCAGAAGACGGGAGGAAGAGGGCCGCAACCGACAGGAACUUGACCUCACCUCGUCCAUGCGCCUCAAGAAACUCUCCCAGAAUCCCAAAGUGGGCAUCGAUAACCCCACCUUUGAGCAAAUGGAAGGUCCGGGUGGCUCCAUAGGUGGUCUGCAGAGCCUCACUGCACCACCAGCUCUACUAGAGCUGGAGGACCUGUUGAUGUCUCUCAAGCAGGUGCAGCAUAGUUUAAAUGACUCUCAGAGUCAAGAUGACAUAGAGCUGGUUCUACAGCUGGUCCAGAAGCCUGACUUCCAGAAAGCCUUCAACAUUCACAACGCUGUGGCCCACUAUAUGAACCGGCCCAGCCCUCCCUAUCCCAUGAUGGACCACGCACAGAGCCUUGCACAAGAGGUGGAGGUCAUGAUGCACAACAGCUCGCAGAAGGAAGGACUUGAGCUAGGCACCCUGCUCAAAACUCCUCACAUGCAGGCGCUUAUGAUGGCCCAUGACAGUGUGGCUGAACAAGAGAUGCAGCUGGAGCCUCUUGUUCCUUCUGUCGGUCAAAGUGAGACUCUCACCCAGUGGGGCGGGGAGACUGUCAAAAUUGUGCGGAUUGAGAAGGCAAAGGACAUCCCAUUGGGAGCGACUGUUAGAAACGAUAUGGACAGCGUAGUCAUCAGCCGCAUAGUGAAAGGAGGGGCGGCAGAAAACAGUGGCCUUCUGCAUGAAGGAGAUGAGAUCCUGGAGAUCAACGGCGUGGAAAUCCGUGGCAAAGAUGUCAACGAGGUCUUCGACAUCCUGGCGGACAUGCAUGGCGUACUGACUUUCAUUCUCAUUCCCAGUGCGCAGAUCAAACCACCACCUAUUAAAGAAACUGUGAUGCAUGUGAAGGCACAUUUUGACUACGACCCCUCAGAUGACCCUUACGUUCCAUGUCGAGAGCUCGGCCUGUGCUUUCAGAAGGGAGAUAUCCUCCACAUAAUCAGCCAAGAUGACCCCAACUGGUGGCAGGCAUACAGAGACGGGGAUGAAGACAACCAGCCUCUUGCUGGCCUGGUCCCUGGCAAGAGUUUCCAGCAGCAGAGAGAAGCAAUGAAGCAAACCAUAGAGGAGGAUAAAGAGCCUGAGAAAUCAGGAAAACUUUGGUGUGCAAAAAAGAACAAGAAGAAGCGAAAGAAGAUGCAAUACAAUGCUAAUAAAAACGAUGACUUUGAUAACGAGGAGAUUCUUACAUAUGAAGAGAUGGCACUAUAUCACCAGCCAGCCAAUCGCAAACGGCCCAUCGCUCUCAUCGGCCCACCAAACUGUGGUCAAAAUGAACUCCGACAAAGACUCCUCUCCAGUGAAUCGGACAGGUUUGCUGGUGCUGUUCCUCACACCACACGAAACCGUCGUGAUAACGAGGUGAAUGGCCGCGAUUAUCACUUCGUGUCCCGUCAGGCCUUUGAGAUGGACUCUGCAGCAGGGAAGUUCAUAGAGUCUGGAGAGUUUGAAAAGAACCUCUAUGGCACCAGCACAGACUCAGUCCGACAAGUCAUCAACACAGGCAAAAUCUGCCUCCUCUGUGUACACACUCAGUCUUUAAAGGUGUUGCGCAGUUCGGACCUCAAGCCCUACAUUAUCUUCAUUGCUCCUCCAUCCCAGGAGCGAUUGAGGGCCCUCUUAGCUAAAGACAACAAAACCCCAAAGCCUGAGGAGCUGAGAGAAAUCAUUGAGAAGGCCCGUGAGAUGGAGCAGAAUUACGGCCACCUGUUUGACGCCGCCAUCGUGAACACCGACCAGGACAAGGCCUUCCAGGAGCUGCUGCGUCUCAUCAAUAAACUAGACACUGAACCUCAGUGGGUCCCCUCAUCCUGGCUGCGCUGAGAUGAAGCCCACUCACAGCGACCCCUCCACAGACGGGUGUAAAUGAAGAGCAGACUGUUUGUGAAUCGCACACUCUUAUGCCGCUGUUUCAACACUAGAUAAGGACACUACGCGCCCUCUGACCUCACCAGAAGUGUCUGUCUGCACUGCGCUUCCAGCAGGCUGAGGAAAUGAGAGUUUUUAUGUCAUAAUUCGGUUGAUCAUGGUGUGUUUUUGAGUCCGGGCGGUUACCCACAUUCCAGUGAGAGAGUUACCAGCACUUGGUGCAGCAGUAGAAUUAGGGCUUCUAUACUGCUUUUGAUAACUAUUUAUGAUUGUAAAUAUUCUAUAUGUAUUUUUAAAGAUGUUUUUGGACAAAUGUGGAGGGUUUAAAAUGUGAGAAAUCAACUGUAAGUCACCGUUUUAAAAGUCCAGUGAGAUAUUCAAACUCCAGAAUAGUUUGGGUUCCCUGACAUUAUUAGUGGACAAAUAUGUUUGUACACUCUGUUCUCUCCUCUUUCACCCUGAAACAUCAAACUGAUGUACAGUGUUACAACAGCAUCCAGCAGUGAGUUCAGUGGCCAUCUGAACAACUCUUUCAAGCUUAAAAGGCACUAAAAGGGAUAACUGUCAAAGCGACUGAUGCCUUCUAUCCCUGUGGCGCUGCCUCAGUGUACCUAUGGCAAGCAACACUGUGAUUAUGACAGAAGUUAAUAGUACACUUCAGGUUUUUUGAGAGUUUGCAAGGCCACAUAUGAACCUAGCUGCAAUAUUGAAGUGGCUAAAUGUAAGUCUAUGCUCUCUGUCUCAGUAUUCACAUGCACUUCCAGCACUCAGAAGUGUAACCAGUAUUGUAAACAGUAUUUGACAGCAAUACAGGGAGGUUCACCAUCUGAGUGUCAGCGCGGCUUAGUCUUAGUCAAUGCUUCUGCACAAUUUCAAAUGUUUCAUUUGUGAUUUGUUUAUGAUCGGAUUUGAAGGUUCUGUGUUGUUUUUAUCCAUUUCAACAUUAGCAAAGGGCUUAUGUUUUAACUUUUGGUAAUGCUCUACAUUAUUAGGAUCAUAUGAAACCUGCCAAGAACAUGUCCUGGUCAUAUUUCGCCCUAAAUCAGAAAGAAAAAAUAAAAAGGCUUAAUUUUCUUUAAGAUUUUUUUUUUAAUUAUUGUAAUAAAGUCAACAUGCUGUUCAAUCAUUAGAAUCUAAUCUCACUUUAAAGAUUUUUUUUUUCUUCCUGUUUGGCUUUGGGGUGUAAUCUUACCUGGGCAUGUUUCAUGAGAUGGUUUUCCAUGGCUUUGGAUUAUCAAAAUGAUGAAACGUCAACUCAAUGUUGAGGUGAGAUGAGUUUGCUGAAUGUAUGCUUAUGAAUGCAUGAUUUUGGGGUUUGUUUGGCCCAUGAGUGCAAAUGCUGGAAGUGAGGAACACUUCAUCUUAAUGCGUGCACAUGAUUGGUAACAACGCUUUUAAAAGAAGGACUGUCAGUUAUUGCAGACAAGUAUUAUCUCCAUAGCUGAUUCAAGCACACACUGGAAACGGUGUUACUGAGAUUUGGUCUGCAGAACUGUUUUUACAGUUGUUUUUGUUUUGUUUUAUUUUCUUAAGAUAAUCAAUGUGUCUUUAGAAAGCAACCGUAUAAUUUUUUUUAAUUUUUUGUACAGAAUAGCUCAGCCACUAGGAAACACCGUUGAGGUUUUUACUCUUGUGCACUACACUUUGGUUUGUGUUGUGAGUGUGGAUGGAGCCAGUAACCUGCUGUGCUACACCUGUCUCAUGUGAUCUAGCCACAUGCCAGUCAACUGGAAGUAGAAUUAAUGAAUGUAAAAGAAGAAUCACCUUUCCUUCUCAACUGUUUUUGUAUGAAUUAUACAAGUGAAUUAAAGCCCAGAUUAAUAAUG